AGCCAGUUCUCCUCCUCUCUGGGCGCUGUCCUGUCACAGCCUUCUCAGUAACUGGCUUUUCUACUUUAUUGUUCUGCCUUCUUCUUUUUUUAGAGCUUCCCUAAAUCUGUAUCUGCUGCUGCUGCUGCCUGGGCCCUCUGCUACAUCUUGGCACUCAAUUUGUAUUUCUUCUUUUCUGCAGUCAGAACAGACUUCCUUACCCACCCCGAAGCCAUUUACCACAGCAAUGCUCGAGCAAGUACAGAAAUUUCUGCUCUCCAGAGCUGCCUGCGAGGGUUCCGAUUCCCAUACCAGAUAUGCAGAGCUUUUCCAUAAACUGGAUGUUAAUAAAGAUGGGAAGGUGGAUAUCCUGGAGCUGCAGGAGGGCCUCAAAGCCAUGGGAAUGGCAGUUGGCAAAGGAGCAGAAGAGAAAAUCGUUGAAGCUGGAGAUACUAACAAGGAUGGACAUUUGGACUUUGGGGAGUUCAUGAGAUAUCUAGAAGAACAUGAGAAGAAAAUGAAGAUUGCCUUUACAAGUCUAGACAAAAACAAGGAUGGAAAGAUUGAGUCCUCAGAGGUAAUGAACUCUCUCAAAACUCUGGGCAUCAACAUUUCUUUAGACCAUGCCGAAAAAAUCCUCAAGAGCAUGGAUUCUGAUGGUACUCUCACAGUGGACUGGAAUGAAUGGAGGGACCACUUCUUGUUCAACCCAGCUGAUAACAUCCAACAAAUUAUUAGAUUCUGGAAACACUCAACGGUGCUGGACAUAGGGGACAGCCUUACUAUCCCAGAUGAGUUUACAGAGGAAGAGAAGAAGACUGGGCAGUGGUGGAAGCACCUGUUGGCCGGUGGAAUGGCCGGGGCUGUGUCUCGCACAGGAACUGCUCCCUUGGACCGUCUGAAAGUCAUGAUGCAGGUUCAUGGAACCAAGGGAAAUUCAAACAUAAUUACCGGCCUGAAACAGAUGGUAAAAGAAGGAGGCGUUCGAUCCCUUUGGAGAGGAAAUGGGGUUAAUGUGAUUAAAAUUGCCCCUGAGACAGCAAUGAAAUUCUGGGCAUAUGAGCAGUAUAAGAAACUAUUCACGUCAGAGAGUGGCAAGUUGGGAACGGCAGAACGAUUUAUAGCUGGAUCUCUGGCCGGAGCAACAGCACAAACCUCAAUCUACCCUAUGGAGGUUCUAAAAACCCGUUUGGCUGUGGGGAAAACAGGACAAUACUCUGGAAUGUUUGACUGUGCUAAGAAGAUAAUGCAAAAGGAAGGCAUACUGGCCUUUUACAAAGGCUACAUCCCCAACAUCCUUGGAAUCAUCCCUUAUGCAGGCAUUGACCUUGCUAUUUAUGAGACACUCAAAAACUAUUGGCUGCAGAAUUAUGCAAAAGACUCUGCCAACCCUGGGGUGCUGGUCUUGUUGGGUUGUGGCACUGUGUCCAGUACAUGUGGCCAGCUGGCAAGCUACCCGUUAGCUCUCAUCAGGACAAGAAUGCAAGCACAAGCAUCUAUUGAGGGUGCUCCACAGCUAAACAUGGGAGGCCUAUUCCGAAAGAUUGUCGCCAAAGAAGGUUUUUUUGGGCUGUAUACGGGGAUUGCGCCUAAUUUCCUGAAGGUGUUGCCUGCUGUCAGUAUAAGCUAUGUGGUUUACGAGAAGAUGAAGAUCCAGCUGGGUAUCUGAAACCUAAACAAUAUGCCUUUCACUCAGGAACUCAAGAGUUUAUUCUGUGUUUGAGUGAGCCAUUCUGGAAGGUUUCUUUCUAUAGUGGCUGGAAAUCCCGUCCUUCAAUGAAUCAGAGGGUUGGCUCUGCUAUCACCAGAGUCAUAUUGAUUAAAACCUAAAUACAAAAAAACAAAAACGAUUAAACCUAUCCUUUAUUCUUUUGGGUGUGGGAACAUUUACCAUUCAAGUCUGUUCAUUUUUGUCCAGAGGGUUCUUUUUUUUUUACGUCCAAACUGAACACAAUUCCAUAACAUGUUCAUUUGGAAAUGAACCUUCAACAGGUUUAUCUUUUCGUAUGGAUUUUUAAAAACAUUUUAGCUGUGAUCAUAGGGGAUUGUUUAAAAACAGAAAAGAACUGUUCUACCAAGUCUGCUUAAAGUCAAGAGAAGAGGGCAGCAAUGGAGACCUGUACUUAUAUCUGUGAAUGUGUUUGUAUGUUUGCAAUGAACAAUGGCUUCUAAAAACUAGUUUGUAAUCAUUUUAAAGGGCUUGAGAGAUUCAUAUUUAACAGGCCUCAUAGAAAUGGGGUUUGCAUCAUUUUCAUGACAUGUUCCAUUGUGUUCCAUCACAACAAACGUGUAGACUAGUUUUACUCUUCAUUGUCCAUUUCAGCUUGCAGUUUGCAGCUGUUGACUGUCCAAGAUAGUGUGCCUUACUAUGUAUUUUAAAGUGAUUAUUAUUUUCUUAAAAAUAUUUACUAUCAUUGUGUGAGCAGAAAGUGAGGACAGCAGCAUACACACCACAUGGUGGACACCACCAUGCACUUCUCUUCCCUAUGUUGUGUAGAGCAUGUACAGCAUUAUAUCCAAUGGCUGUAGUUUCUGAAUGAGACUAUUUUAAAUAAUUCUAAUGUGUGGUUAUGUAAUUUUACUGUAAAUAACUAUGGACAGGUUCUUUAAAAUGGACAGUAUUUUUAACCGUUUCUAUCGUGUUCUUUCCCUGUUACCAGAUGGAGUAACACGAAAAGCAUAUCCAUUCUGACUGACCUGGUAUUCUGUUUACAAAAAAGAUAUAUGUAUAUGUCUGCCAAAGAUAUCGCUGUGCCAUUCAGAAAAAUUAUUUGAAACAGUUUGUUUUGUUUUUAUACAGGACUAAGAAUUUAUAAUGUAAAUAAAUUCCUUAUGUUCACUACAUUUA